AUGGCGGCGCGAGUGCUGCUGCGGGGGAGCCUGGCGGGAGCCAGCGCCGUGCCGCGUCUCCCGCCCGGCAGCGGCCUGGCCCUCAGGGGGCUGGUAUCUUCAGCUAGCAGACCUCGUGAAGACAGUUGGUUAAAAUCACUAUUUGUUCGCAAAGUCGAUCCGAGGAAAGAUGCUCACUCCAACCUUCUAGCCAAAAGAGAGACCAGCAGUCUGUAUAAACUACAGAUUCACAAUGUAAAACCAGAAUGUCUAGAUGCCUACAACAAGCUUUGUCAAGAGGUGCUGCCAAAGAUUCAUGAAGAAAAACUCUACCCAUGUGCACUGGUGGGGACUUGGAACACGUGGUACGGAGAGCAAGAUCAGGCUGUCCAUCUGUGGAGAUAUGAGGGAGGUUAUCCAGCUCUCAAUGAGGUCAUGAAUAAACUCCGUCAAAAUAAGGAGUUCACAGAGUUCCGCAAGGAAAGAGGUAACAUGCUUCUGUCCCGCAAGAACCAGUUGUUGUUGGAGUUUAGCUUCUGGAAUGAACCUGUUCCCAGAGAGGGGCCUAAUAUUUAUGAACUGAGAUCCUAUCAACUUAGACCUGGAACAAUGAUUGAGUGGGGAAAUUACUGGGCUCGUGCAAUUCGUUUCCGACAGGAUAACAAUGAGGCAGUUGGAGGAUUUUUCUCACAAAUUGGACAGCUGUAUAUGGUUCAUCACCUUUGGGCUUACAAAGAUCUCCAGACCAGAGAAGAUAUAAGGAAUGCUGCCUGGAAUAAACCUGGCUGGGAUGAACUAGUCUAUUACACAGUGCCCCUUAUUCAGGAAAUGGAGUCCAGAAUCAUGAUACCGUUGAAGAUUUCUCCACUUCAGUAAAGUCACUGAUUUUCUUGUGCCUACAUAGAUAAAGUGACAAGUAUUUGUCUUAAAUUAAUUUAUGGUAUACAUUGUAUAUCAUAGUCUGAAAUAUAAAAGUACUGUAUUGAGCUUAUAAAAAGAGAUCUCUUUUCUUCAGAACCUGAUCUGAUGACCUUUUGCUCUUAGGGAUUGUACCAGGAAAAAAAAAAAAAAGAAAUACAAAGCUGUAAUUAAAAGGUUGGUUAAUUGAAAACAAGUACAAAGACAUCCACGAGUUCCUCUGUGAGACAGCUCCUCAGGUGAGGUAUGGCAGACGGUGUUUGAUUCUUCAGUGCUCAGAGUUCAGCAGCAGAAUGGGUGAUAGAGUUGCUGAGGCCUUUCUGUGGCAUUAUACUGACUGAAAAUUUUAGAGCCCUGAAGCCCUCAGGCAGUUUGGGGAUACACCUAGCUGUUCUAGUAGGCCUGAAAUCAGUAAGUAGCUCUUAAUUGACAAAUGGGCAGUCAUUAAUUGAGGCUGAUACUGUUUGUCAGGUGGUAGCUUAUGGACAGAGUGUGGUCUUCUGUUUGCAGGGACUCUGAAGGCUGUGCUGAAGCCAAGGCACACGUGUAGGUAUCUACACCUGGAAUGAAUCCUGUGAGCUAUGCUUUUCAAAGAGAUACUGACAAGAUGUGGUUGUGUCUGAACAUUCUUCAGGGGAUCAAGUUCAGUUAAAUACCUUUAUCACUGCAAAUAACUUAGAGGUCUGGGAAAAGGGGUUUAAUUUAAUAAGCAAUUGUGACUUCAGACAUAUGCUUGGUCAGGUGUUUCACUUACUGUACAGUAGGUACUUCUGAAUUGAUGUGUGAAACUGGAGCAUGUUGAGUCAGUAGGAUUGGCAUAAAGUGGUGUACCAUUAUGUCCAGUUCUAUUUUGGUUUCACUUUUUUAGACUAGGCUAUAUCAACACUUUUGGUGUCUGCAAUGAUGUGAACAUCCUGUUAAGUGCAAAUAAUACUCUCAAGUGGCUACAGUGUAACAUACAGAAUGUACGAACCAGUUCCUGAAUGUCCACUUUGUACAUUUCAAUGAGUUUUCAGGAAGAACAUACCAGUCAAUA